AUGGAGUCCCUUACACAGAGUCCUUUGCAACGGCCAGAUCAUUUCAACUUCGCAACUGAUGUUGUUGAUACCUGGGCUGCCAAAUCGCCCUCCUUGCAGGCCAUGUUAUGGGUGUCUCACGAUAAGGCCACCCAAAAGUUGCUGACUUAUCAACACUUCUCCCAGCAGUCACAUCGCAUUGCUCUCUUACUCGACCAGCUGGGUGCACGCCCAGGAGAUGUUAUGCUGCUAGUCCUUCCACGGGUUCCAGCAUGGUGGGAAAUCUCUACAGCCGGUCUCCGCAGUGGAAUUAUAAUUGCCCCGGCUACGACAUUAUUGACCGCGAGGGACAUCGAGUACCGCUGUCAAAAAAGCAAAGCAACGGUUUUUGUCGGUGAUACCACGAGUGUCCGCAAGGUCCUGCAGGUCCGUAACAAAUGUCCCUCUCUCCGGGUCAUCAUCCAAGCAGAGGGUGAGCCGGAAGCAGGGGUAACGGACCUGUACAAGUCCCUUCAGCGGAUCGAGACAACCGCAAGGUACUGCUCAGUCCGGCGCCCUUGGAAUUCUCCGGCAAUCGUAUACUUUACAUCAGGCACUUCUGGUCUACCUAAAAUGGUGCGCCAUAAUCAGGUCUCUUAUCCAUUAGCACAUCUCCUCACCGGCAAAUAUUGGCUCAAUUUAGGGCCUGGGAAGCUCUGCUGGAAUUACACCGAGCAAGGAUGGGGAAAAGCGGCAUAUUCUUACUUCGGAGCGUGGAACUGUGGCGCCAGUUUGUUUAUCUGGGACGACCGUGGAGCAUUCAAUGCAACCACAAUCCUCGAGCAUUUGCAUGAUUUUCCAAUCACAACACUAUGUGCCCCUCCAUUAGCCUGGCGGCAGCUUGUCCAGCAGCAGUGCCAACAAUUCUACCGCAAGCAUGCCCCGCGUGCUCUCGCACAAUGCAAUUCAGCUGGGGAGCCACUGGAUAGCACAGUAAUUAACCAAUGGCGUGGCCUCAGUGGAUUAACAAUUUGUGAAGGUUACGGCCAAACUGAGACAACCUUGAUGUGUGGAAACUAUGGUGGUUUUGCAGUUCGCCCUGGGUCGAUGGGCAAGCCGAUUCCUGGAGUGCCUUUGUAUGUCAUCAACCUAGCUGGCGAAGAAACUGCAGCGAACGAAGAGGGGGAGUUGGCCCUCCUAGUUACCGAUGGAGAUUCUCCGUCAGAUUUCUUCGGAAUCUUCGACGGAUAUGUUCGUGAUAACGGUGAGGUGACACGCAGCGAGAGAAUCAGCACCUUCCAUGGGAGGACCAGAAAGUGGUACCUGACUGGUGACAAGGCCAAGAGAGACAAGGAUGGAUAUUUGUGGUUUGUGGGUCGCGCAGACGAUGUUAUCAACUCCUCUGGCUAUCGAAUCGGCCCAUUUGAAGUUGAAUCCACACUGAAACAGCAUCCCGCUGUGGCUGAAUGCGUCGUGAUAUCUUCCCCUGACAUGGUCCGUGGAGAGGUGGUCAAGGCUUUCAUAGUUCUGACCUCAAGAUACGCAAAUUCCCCCCAAGCUCAGCUUACAAAGGAACUGCAAACGUUCUGUAAAACAAAUUCUGCGCCGUAUAAAUACCCGCGGAAAGUGGCGUUUGUCAAUCAGGAAUUCUUACCCAGGACCAAUAGCGGCAAGAUCAAGAGGGCAGAACUGAGAAAGCUGGAAGGGCAGAAUAUGAAACCUGGGAACCUUCCUAAGUUGUAA